AUGCUGGAAGAGGUACAAGGGCGUAAAAAUGAGGAGUACUAUGAGGAGAGUGCAUUGAAGAGGCCAAUAUGUUUUAUGAGGCCGACUGAGAAGGAACAUGAGGGUUCCAUUGACUAUGCACUCAAGAGAUUCACGAGGUUGAAUCCUCCUCACUUUAGUAGUUGUAUGGAGGAUAGAGCCGGUGAGAAGUGGAUAAAUCAGUCUGCUAUUCUUGGUCGUGUCUUUGCCUUGUCCAAGGAAGAAGCUAAAGCUUCUUCGAAGCUUAUUAGAGGUACUAUUUUUCUUGGUGAUACUAAGAUCCCUGCUUUAUUUGAUUCGGGUGCUACUUACUCUUUUAUUUCAAAUGAGUGUGUAGAAAAGUUAAAGUUGCUUGUGAUUGAUUUGCCUGUGUUGAUGAAUGUUUCUACAUUGGCUGGAGCUUCUUCUGUGAAAACCAUCCGUGCAUAUUUGAAAGUUAAAAUGAGAUUUGGUUAUAGUAUUACACUAAUUGAUUUGGUUUAUUUGCCCAUGUUAGGGAUUGAUGUGAUUGUUGGGAUAGAUUGGUUAUCAGCUAACUCUCUGAGGAUACUACCCCCCAUAGUGAAUCUUGAGAUACCCAUGUUUUUAUCUGCCAUGCAAAUUAAGAGGUCAGACUAUGAAGGGUGUCAGAUGUUUUUAGUAUUCUUUUCAGCCUUUGGAGAGUACGAUGGCACUCUUGACGAGAUUGGAGUUGUAAGUGAAUUUCUAAAAGUAUUUGCCGAUGAGAUGUCUAGCUUACCACUGGUAAGGGAGAUUGAAUUCUUUAUUAACCUAGUGCCAAGAACUGAACCCAUCUCUAGGGCUCCAUACUGGAUGGCUCCAUCGAAACUAGAAGAAUUGAAGAAACAAUUGGAGGAACUGCUAGAGAAAGGAUUCAUUAGGCUAAGUGUAUCCCCUUAG